GGAAAAGUACUUACACUUUCGCUCUAACCGGAAUUGAUGUUAGUGACGUUGAUGCCGCAGAAACUGCUCAAUAUUCAUAUGUAACGCGAAUGAGGCCGGCAAAGCUAAAGCAGCAGAAAAUGCAGCGAAAGCAACAACAAAAUGCGCAAUACCAGCGCGGCAAUGUCAAUGUCAGUGCCGUUAUAGGUGUAGGAGUAGGCGGCGCUGCUGAUAUGUCACGGAUGCGGUAUGAAUCUAAAGAUUAUGACGAAGAUGAUGAUGAUGAUGAUGACGACGAACGCGAGGAGGAUACGGACGACGAUGUUGUAACAGCCAGACUUGUUGCCGGUGACGGCGGUGACAGUGAUGACGAAACUGCAGAGGAUGAUUAUGAUGACAAUGACAACGGUGGCGCCAACAAUCGCAACCGCAACGAUGAUGACGAGGAUGAUUUCUUAACCACUACAUACACCUGGAAUUUGCGCAAAAUACCCAAGCUACAGUUGAACGAUGAAGAAAAACAAUCUUCCGAUGAAAGCAAUUCAGUCAAGGAUCAGAUUGAUAUGGAUGACACUGAUGAGGAGAAACCAAAUAAGAAAGCACGUUGGUGCCAUGCCGACUACGAUGACUUGCAACAAGAAAAACAUCGCACGCAAUGGGUUGGCGAUGAGGUCGGAAAGGAGAAGAAAUUCUCGGAGAAACUGGAGCGUUCCUGGCCCUGGGCUGAUCGAGAGAAAAUCAUUUACAAGCAAUCAACUUGUCACCUGGUUCGUCGACGACCAUUGGGUUUGGUGGAGCAGCGCAUCAAAUUAUUGGCUAAACAGAAUCUCAGUGGCAGCUUGGAAAAACAGCUGCAUUGAAAAUAAAUUACUUAUUGCCUUGCCGCACGCGUGACAGGAAGUUUAUUGGCAUUGUGGGUGCCAGACCAGCUGCCAAAUGUAUUGAAAAUUAGUUUUGUCGACAGUUUGAUUUGUCCUCUUCUCCUGCCAUUUGA